AUGGCUGGCAAAACUCCCUCCUAUCCUCGACUCUCUCAUCCAAAAGAGUGCAAGUAUUGCUAUGACGCUUACCUCUACUAUGACGACAACGACUACAGUGACGAGAAAACAAUUCCCAGAACAAGACCGGGCAUGAGUCGUGGCGAAUUUUAUUUCGAGUACUCGAAAAUCAUUCUGAGCACCAUUGCGAUCAUAAUUUUUUUCAUCAGCGCUAAUUCGUGUAUGUUGUGGAUUACGUGGAAUUUCCUGAAAACUGGAAAUAUCGACUUUCUCGCCGAUAAACUUCGCAGUAUUGCUGAUUUCGUUCAAGAGGUCUCAUCAGCUCAAUUCCACUGA